GUGACUUGGAGUCAAAACAAAAGCUUCUGGAAAGUCCUUUAGCCAAACCACCUUUAGCUACGUUAUUUACACUGUUACUUCUCCUCUUAGACAUUUCUGUGAAUACAUAGUUACAGUUACAUACGUUUUUUUUGUCUUUUGACACAACUCAAAAUGGAAACCGUUGAAAGUUUCCGCUCUUCCUACAACUUGUUUUGGUCCGUUUUCGUGGCAUAACGUUAGCUGGGAAGCUAGCUAACUACCCAGUCAAAUAGUUAACGUUAGCUUAGCACGGCUCUCCCAACAAAAAGCCCAGUCUUUUCGGUGCUGUGUUGGACGGCAGAAGUCGGUAAAUUUACUCCCAGGGAACGGGGUGCCAUCAUCCACACAGGUUUCUUCAACACAGAGAUCCUCAAAAUGUCUAUCUUGGGAUUAAAGAAGAAACAGCCAAAGACCUUUAAAGUCAAAGUUAUCACUAUGGAUGCUGAAAUGGAGUUCAGCUGUGAGGUGAAGUGGAAAGGGAAAGACCUGUUUGAUUUAGUGUGUCGUACGGUUGGUUUGAGGGAAACCUGGUUCUUUGGGCUCAGGUAUACCGUAAAGGACACCUACGCCUGGCUGAAACCAGAGAAACGGGUCUUGGACCAGGAGGUGCCGAAAGACUCUCCCAUAACAUUUCAUUUCCUGGCUAAAUUCUUCCCAGAGAAAGUAGAGGAAGAAUUGGUCCAGGAAAUUACUCAGCACCUCUUCUUCCUUCAGGUGAAAAAGCAGAUUUUAGAUGAGGAGAUAUUCUGUUCGCCUGAAGCCUCUGUUCUGCUAGCAUCAUAUGCUGUUCAAGCCAAGUAUGGGGACUAUGACCCAAACUUCCACAAGCCUGGGUUCUUGGCCCAAGAUGAGCUCUUGCCAAAAAGAGUUCUGAUGCAGUACCAAAUGACAGCUGACAUGUGGGAGGAGAAGAUCACAGCUUGGUAUGCUGAGCACAGAGGCAUCGCCAGGGAUGAGGCUGAGAUGGAUUACCUCAAGAUUGCCCAGGACCUUGAGAUGUAUGGGGUCAGCUACUUUGCAAUUACUCAAAACAAGAGGGACACAGAUCUGUUGCUUGGAGUGGAUGCUCAGGGUCUUCACAUCUACAGCCCCAACAGCAAGCUCAACCCUAACAAAUCCUUCCCCUGGAGCGGCAUCCGCAACAUUUCUUACAGUGAGAAGGAGUUCACGAUAAAACCUCUGGACAAGAAGAAAGAUGUUUUCAAAUUCUACUCCUCUCAGCUGCGAGUCAACAAACUGAUUUUGCAGUUGUGCAUCGGUAACCAUGACCUGUUUAUGAGGAGGAGGAAGGUAGACUCAAUUGAAGUACAGCAGAUGAAGGCUCAAGCUAAAGAAGAGAAGGCCCGCAAGAAGGUUGAGCGUCAGAUCCUGGCACGGGAGAAACAGAUGAGGGAAGAAGCAGAACGAGCAAAAGAGGAGAUGGAGCGAAGACUUUUCCAGCUGCAGGACGAAGCACGCCUGGCCAAUGAGGCAUUGCUGCGAUCAGAGGAGACAGCUGACCUGCUGGCAGAGAAGGCCCAGAUUGCUGAGGAGGAGGCGAAGCUGCUGGCCCACAAAGCUGCGGAGGCAGAGCAGGAGAGGCAGAGGUUAGAGGUCACCGCCAUGAAGACCAAGGAGGAGAAAAGGCUGAUGGAGCAGAAGAUGAGGGAAGCAGAGCAGCUGGCCGUCAAACUGGUGGAACAGUCUGAGAGAAGGUCGAAGGAGGCAGAUCACCUGAAGCAGGACCUGACGGAGGCAAAGGACGCAGAGCGGAGAGCCAAACAGAAGCUGCUGGAGAUCACCAAAACCACAUACCCGCUCAUAGCCGCCUACUCGACUCCUCCUGCUCCUCCUGAGGCAGGUGACUUUGCCUAUGAAUCUGCAUCAGUGCGCCUUGACUUCAAGGACUCAGACAUGAAAAGGCUGUCGAUGGAAAUAGAGAGAGAGCGACUGGAAUACAUGGAGAAGAGUAAGCACCUACAGGACCAGCUGAAGGAGCUAAAGUCAGAGAUCGAGUCUUUGAAGCUGGAGGAGCAGCAGCAGCAGGCCAGCCUCUACAGCCUCCGCAGUGAGGCGAGGGGAUUUGCCCCAGAGCCCCUCUACAUACCUCACAGCAAUCGAAACUCAGCGUACAUGUCUCAGAUGGCCUUCUUUGAAGAAGUGUGAUCCUACUCCCACAAGACGAGGAAGAGGGACACUGGCUUUUGUUUUUGUGACUUACUGCUUUAUAAGAAAUCCCUAUAUGCUCGGUUUAUUUUUUACCUGGCAGAAACCAACACAAACACACACAUAUACAUAUGCUUUGGAAAGACUUUAUCCAUCCUCCACAACACUAACAAUCAUCACGCUUGGCUUCAGGUGCAGCCUGUUUUGCUAGGUUGUACCAGCUGCUACACUACAGGUUUCUCCCCAGGUUUUUAAUGUUACAAACAUGUGUGCCAUACAUCUAAUGCUGACUCAGGGCACAGUGCAGCAAGUGGAUGUGUGAAUGAAUUUUAAUUCAAUGGCAGUGUUGUUUUUGUUCUUAUAAAGGACAUUCAGCUGUGAGCUGAUUAGAUGUGACAGGAUAUAAUUGAUGCCUAAACACUUAGACUUUGGGGAUUCUGGGACAAGGACUGUGUCAAAAGUUUUCACAUAAAAUAGCUCAAGGCACAACUCCUAUAAUCAUGGGAGAGUCAUGGAAUUGGAUAGACUUUGCCUGAGAAAGUUCUGGGAAAUUAUUCAUACAGUAUCUAGAUGAUAUUUGAAAUUUGGAAGGUUUUGAUCAUUUUCUUUAAAGCCCCAGGUCACCAACACUGGUGUUUCCAGUUGAUUAGAGCUCACAGGUUGAUGUCAGGUGGAGCUAUAUUUGGUCCCAAAAUUAGGUCAGCUUUGACCAAGGUCAACUCAACAUCCAAUUGCAAAGAGAGGGGAAGUUUUCCUGCCUAAGCAAGUACAACAAAACUGUCAUAGGAGAGCCAGUGAAUUGUCAGUCAAGCACGGUCAGUACACACCCACUGUCCUGAGUCAAGGUCUUGUCAGCCAAACUAUCUGACAACACCUGCGCGUGUCCAAGGACUUCAAAACAGUAGAGUGUUUGCCAGAUUUCUCUCCUGGCAUAUCUGACUACGUUAACAGGAUGAAAAGAAACCCCACUGAACAAAUUCCUGGUUAUACAAAUUACAAGCUGUUGUAACCAGCCUGGGAGACUCAAAUCAACUACUGAGCAAACAAAUGUAAGUUGUGAACAUUGAUACAUUGUCAGACACUAACAAAUCUUUGUCAUAAAGUUGUUUUUUGUUUUUGCUCAUAAUUUGACAAACAAACACUCCAUGGAAAAUGAUGUUAUAUUCAGUGUUGGAUUUUUGUUUGGAUGUCUCUGUUUUUAUUUGCUUGCUGUUACUGUUACCAGGCACUUGGACUACGUUUAUUGAAAACAACACACACACACACACACACACACACGUGCCUUCGUCAUUUCUAGUGCUUCGGUUGAUAAAAGAUGUGCUAUAAUUAUAAGCGCCUCCAAGUCUGCCAUUUCAAGUAUUUCUAAUGUGUACUGCUCACCAUUAUUGUGCCUUAAACGUUUUUUUGUUUGUUUGUUUUUUAUAACCAAUAUAAUCUGCGUUACUGAGGUUGCUUUUGGUAUCAUUGUGCUAAUGUGCCUUGGAAAACUUAAGUUUAAGCGUGGGGUAGGUGUCAGACUCUGAGUUUCAGUGUAGCAGAUUGAUAGCUUAGACAGAUUCUGCUUUUCUUGCUUUUUGUGCUCAUGUGCCUCUCAGGGUUAGUAUUGGAGAUCAACAGGGCAGUAGACUCAUUAUUUUUCCAGAGCAGUUACAUUUUCCACACAGGUUGUGUUGCUUUUGUGAAUGCUGUGAUUGCCAUUCAGAAUAACAACCAUGUUUGACUUUUUUUUAAAUUGAUAUUUUCAUUUGACUUUCUUCAAUAUGAUAGUAAUGUACAUUACUAAGAUUCUUGUCAGCACAAAGCAGUGGCUGCACUCCAUUUCAGGAAGGUGAGUAAAAGGUUGGUAAUCUGAGAUAAAUGCAAAGACUGAAGAAUAUCUGUCAUAGCACCUUGGCAUCUGUCCUCUCUGAGAUGCCCGACUUAGGGCUACAGGUACUCUGCAUGUUUGUUUUGAUGUGGACUGGCCAGGGUAUUAGAUUGACUUGAUAAUGAACUGAAAACUGAAAUAAUUUGGGGGCAAUAAUACCAUUAUGGCUCUGUCCUGUUUGUUGACAUCUGUCUUUGUAGUUGAGAUCUGGCUUUAAACCUGUGAUGACAGGGCUAACCUUGGUCCUGUGUGAUCGGUGGCCAGAUGUUCUCAUGGAAAUUGCUUUGUUCAACAAGUGCUGCGGUUUGCAUUUCUAUCCAUGUUUGCAAGUGCCUUUAAAUAAUGCAGUCUCACACAGUUGUUUGUGCGUAAUACACAGGGGAACUUUCCUGAAAUUUAUCACAAGAAUUCCUUGUGAAAGAGUCUUGAAUUUCAGUGGGAUUCCCUUGCCGGCAUUCAGUGUAAAAAUUUUAAUUUCACAGCUAAGAAACAUUUUGCACCACAUUACAUCAGGUUUAAUUUGAUAUGGCAAAAUGUUCCAGGUUUGCCUGUUCAGCACAGUUUGGUCGAUACAGUUGUAAAAACUAGUUAUUUUGUGUAUAAUCUAUUCAAUAGAACAGUGAUCACCAAGUAUCUUUUAUUUCAAUCUUUUAUUUCUGAUAGGUUAUACAAUCCUCAUCGUGUCAAUCAAAUGCAUUCAUCUAAAUAAAUGUGGUUUCAAAAAGAGAA